AUGUUGGGUUCAUCUUCUUGUUCACAUCAUCAUCGUCAUCAAGAACAACAUCAGGAAGAAGUUCAUUUACAAGCAGAUCUAUCCCGACCGCAACCACCAGAAAUGGUCGAACAUUUACGGCAGCACCACAACCAGGAGAUCCAACAAGUUCACCAUCAAGAAGUUGAGAUGAUGAGCAGGUUGAGUAGUUACAACCCACCAUCAGUCUACUUGCGUCAUCUCCUCUUAAGCUGUGCCCACUCCAUUUCCCGCUCUGACUACACCGCCGCCCACCGUAUUACCACCAUCCUCUCCUCCAAUUCUUCCCCUUACGGCGAUUCAUCUGAAAGAUUAAUCCACUCUUUCACUAAAGCCCUCUCCUUACGCCUUCUUCUCCACCUUCAACCACUACCGCCUACACCUAGUAGCAUUCGCUCUAGUUACUCCUUUAAUUACCUUGAUGAAAAUGAUGAUGCUAUUCUUCAGUCAUCAUAUUUGUCGCUGAAUCAAAUAACACCCUUUAUUAGAUUUAGUCAGCUCACUGCUAAUCAAGCAAUCUUGGAUGCUAUCGAUCAAACCCAUUGUCUUCAACAACAACAUCCUCAUGACAUUCAUAUACUCGAUUUUGACAUCAUGCACGGUGUCCAAUGGCCGCCUUUAAUGCAAGCCAUCGUCGACCGCCACCAGCCACCAACCCUCCGCAUCACAGCCACAGGUACUAACCUUGAUAUCCUCCAUAGAACGGGAAACCGUCUCUCCAAAUUCGCCCAGUCACUCGGCCUUAGAUUUCGAUUCUUUCCCCUCCUACUGCCUCAAACAAACAUCAACCACACAGUCGACGAUGUAAUCGACCAUCUAUCCGCGGUUCACCUCCUCCCAAACGAAAUCCUAGCCGUCAAUUGCGUCCUCUACCUCCACCGUUUCCUAAUAGACCGAGAGAAACUCUGCUUGUUAUUAAGAAAGAUCAAAGCCAUGAACCCUAAAGUGGUUACUUUAGCGGAAAAAGAAGCAAACCACAACCAUCCAAUAUUUAUAUCAAGAUUCGAGGAGGCUUUGAACUAUUAUUCCGCCAUCUAUGACUCACUGGAGGCAACACUACCUCCUAACAGCCGGGAAAGGAUGGAGGUGGAGCAGGUAUGGUUUGGCAGAGAGAUUACCGAUAUAGUGGCGACGGAGGGAGAGAAAAGAAGAGAGAGACACGAGAGAUUCCUAUCAUGGGAGAUGAUAAUGAGGAUCGCUGGAUUCCAGAACAUUGCGUUAAGCCCAUUUGCUCUUUCACAAGCCAAGCUGCUUUUGCGACUUCAUUACCCUUCUGAAGGUUACAAUCUUGAGGUUGUAAAUGAUUCUUUCUUCUUGGGUUGGCAAAAGCAACCCCUUUUCUCUGUUUCAUCUUGGCAUUAA